CACAUCACUCAUUUUUGCCCUUCUGUUUCUGUUUUCUCUCUCAGUGCCUGCAAGGACUGGAUUUUCUUCAUGCAAACAAUGUGAUCCAUCGAGACGUGAAGAGUGACAACAUCCUUCUCAGAACGGACGGUUCUGUCAAACUGGCUGAUUUUGGCCUCGCUACUCAGCUCAGCCCUGAGCAGAGCAGACGGUGCUCGGUAACCGGGACUCCUUGGUGGAUGGCGCCUGAAGUGGUGACAGGUCAACCAUAUGGCCCCAAAGUGGACAUAUGGUCUUUUGGAAUUGUGGGAAUUGAAAUGAUAGAACAAGAACCUCCUUACUUGGGCGAAAGUUCUGGCACGGCUACAUACCUGAUAGCCACAGUAGGGACUCCACAGCUGCGGCAGCCCAAGCUCCUCUCGGCUUUGCUGCGUGACUUCCUGAGCUGCUGCCUGCAGACAGACAAGGAGCAGCGCUGGUCUGCCAAGGAGCUCCUGCAGCAUCCAUUUGUAACUUCAGCCAAGCCACCAUUCAUCCUGGCACAAGUCAUCAACUCAGUGAAGAAGACGAAUAACCCUAACCCUAAACUCUAAACCUAAAACC